AGCCUUGUUCAGUAGUCAUUCAUUCAACUUUAAACUCUAAGAAGUCAUCUAGUUGUCCUUGUGAUUUCCAAAAGAGAGCAAAAUGAAAGCUGUGGCGUUGUUGAUGUGUUUGUUGGGCUCCUCACUAGCUGCCCCUGCCCCUGACAGCGGCAGCAAUGAGCAAGCAAUUAAUAGUCAUGCUAACACAGCCCUGCAGUUGAUGGAACUCUACAGAAUGUUAGGACAGCUACGGCAACAGGGUUUUGGUGUUGUUCCUACUGGUGCUCAGCUGCCUGCAGUACCUGCGGCACCCGCAGCACCCGUGCCUGUUGAUACCCAGCCUCAGGUUUCACCUCAAGCACCACAACAGGGCUUUUUUUUCAACCCCGCUCUUUUCGCACCCAGAGGAGAUGGGUCAGAUGAGGAAGAAGCACCACAGUUUCGUGGAUUUUACCCUCCCUACGGCUACCAGCCUGCCCAGCCAGCUGCUCCAUUGAACUCAGAUGAGGCCGAAGGGGCAGAAGAAGCAGAGGCAGGGGAGGGUACUGAACCUGAACCUACUGGAACCGCUUCACCUGUCGAUGCAGCUGCAGCAAACGAAAUCCUACCUGUUGAUGUCGCUGUGGAUGUUCCCGUCGAACCUUCUCCUGAAGUCAUCGCUACUGCUGCUGCUGCCGUUGAUCCGGCCCUCAUCCCCGAGGCACCGGCAGUUGCCGUGGAAAUUGACACCACUUUGGUGGGGCCUGAUGUUGCUGCUGGUGCAGAACAGGUGUUGGUGGCUGAAGCUCCUGAUGCUGCCCUGCCAGUGCAGUGAGAGAGAUGAUCACAAGCCCCGCCCCCAAGAUCCUAACCAAUCAGUCACAUCGCUGACAUUAAGACCACAUCUCUGUGGUCUGAACAUUGCUGGAACAAAAUGUGGCACAUUCCUGUUGUGUGAAAAUGUUUCCUGGCAGAUGAUGAUUCAUAAUAACCUCAUUGUAAGAAUUGAGCCAACACUGCUGCAGACAGUGUUAUAUGUCUUCUCUUUCAGUUUCUUAAAAUAAAAUCUCUUUUGUCUUACUGCA